AUGGCAAGCCAAUAUCCGGGUGGUUAUGACAAUGGCCACCAACUUAAUGACAUGCCGCAUGGCAACACAUACCGACCAGCUGAAGCACAUUCAGACGACGAAGCAGAGCAUUCAUUGCUGCACCAGAACGCCGCAUAUCAGUCGCAGUACGAUGACCCGCAUUCCCGCCCAUUAACGCCAGGACAAGAGUCGAUCUACACCCUGAAUGAGACGUACGUAGGGGGAGACAAGUCACAGGUCCCGACCACCGGCUACAACCCUCAACACACUCAGGCAUAUGGCCGUGAGGGAGGCUACGGUUUGAGCAAUACGCAGGCUGGAUUCCCGACCCCCGGGUACCCUGAUCCGACCGAGCGCAGCGCUUCUACCGAAGCGUGGCAGCAACGACAGGCUCCUGGUUUCGGCUCGGUCAAACGCUACGCCACCAGAAAAGUCAAGGUAGUCAACAGCGUGCUGAGUAUCGAUUACCCGGUGCCCAGCGCCAUCCAAAACGCAAUCCAGUCCAAAUACCGAACCGACCUCGAGGGUGGCAGCGAGGAGUUUACCCACAUGCGCUACACAGCCGCGACCUGUGACCCGGAUGAUUUCACCUUGAAGAAUGGAUACAAUCUGCGUCCCGCCAUGUACAACCGGCACACUGAGCUCCUCAUCGCAAUCACGGCUUACAACGAGGACAAGGUCUUGACCGCUCGCACCCUGCACGGCGUGAUGCAGAACAUCCGUGACAUUGUCAACCUGAAGAAAUCCGAGUUCUGGAACAAGGGUGGACCGGCCUGGCAAAAGAUUGUUGUAUGCCUUGUUUUCGACGGAAUCGAUCCCUGCGACAAGAAUACUCUGGACGUUCUGGCAACCGUCGGCGUGUACCAAGACGGGGUCAUGAAGAAAGACGUCGAUGGCAAGGAGACCGUGGUCCAUCUCUUCGAAUACACGACUCAACUCUCCGUGACCGCAAAUCAACAGCUCAUUCGACCAAGCGACAACGACCCGACAUCGCUGCCCCCAGUGCAGAUGAUGUUCUGUCUGAAGCAGAAGAACAGCAAGAAGAUCAACUCGCACCGAUGGCUGUUUAACGCAUUUGGCCGCAUUUUGAACCCGGAGAUCUGCAUUCUUCUCGACGCCGGUACCAAGCCCGGUUCAAAGGCAUUGAUGUCGUUGUGGGAAGCGUUCUACAACGACAAGGAUCUCGGAGGCGCUUGCGGUGAGAUUCAUGCCAUGUUGGGUCGUGGAGGAGUUUUCGGACGAAAGCUCUUGAACCCUCUGGUCGCCGCCCAAAACUUCGAGUACAAGAUCAGUAACAUCUUGGACAAGCCUUUGGAGAGCUCUUUCGGCUACGUCAGUGUGUUGCCCGGUGCCUUCUCGGCGUACCGUUUCCGCGCAAUCAUGGGCCGUCCUCUGGAGCAGUAUUUCCACGGUGAUCACACUCUGUCGAAGCGGCUGGGCAAGAAGGGUAUCGAGGGAAUGAACAUCUUCAAGAAGAACAUGUUUUUGGCCGAGGAUCGUAUCCUGUGUUUCGAAUUGGUGGCCAAGGCAGGUUCGAAAUGGCAUCUGACCUACGUCAAGGCCUCGAAGGCUGAAACCGAUGUACCUGAAGGUGCCGCAGAGUUUAUCGGUCAACGUCGACGGUGGCUCAAUGGGUCCUUUGCCGCCUCCAUCUACUCCCUCAUGCACUUCUCCCGCAUGUACAAAUCCGGCCACAACAUCAUCCGAAUGAUCUUCUUCCACAUCCAAAUGCUCUACAACAUCGUGUCGGUCGUGCUUUCCUGGUUUUCACUCGCGGCAUUCUGGCUUACCACCAAAAUCAUCAUGGAUCUGGUCGGUCAGCCCAGCACCAACAACAAAGACCACGCUUUCCCGUUCGGCAACAGUGCGACACCGAUCAUCAACACCGUCCUACAGUACACUUACCUGGCUUUCCUUCUUCUGCAGUUCAUCCUGGCCUUGGGUAAUCGUCCCAAGGGUUCCAAGGUCGCGUACAUCAUCUCGUUCUGCGUCUUCGCCGUCAUUCAACUCUACGUGAUCGUCUUGUCCAUGUAUUUGGUGGUCCGUGCAUUCACCUCAAAAGACGGCACCGACAUCGUCACCAAUGAGGGAGCCAACGAAUUCAUCAAGUCCUUCUUCGCCUCGACCGGACCGGGUAUCGUCAUCAUCGCGUUGGCGGCCACCUUCGGACUGUACUUUGUCGCCUCGUUCUUGUACUUGGAUCCCUGGCACAUGUUCACCUCCUUCUUCCAAUACCUGCUCCUCAUGCCAUCGUUCAUCAACAUCCUCAUGAUCUACGCUUUUAGCAAUUGGCACGACGUUUCAUGGGGAACCAAAGGCGCUGACAAGGCAGAUGUGUUACCUUCGGCUCAAACCAAAAAGGAUGAAAAGGGCAAGGCGACUGUGGUGGAAGAAGUGGACAGACCCCAAGCCGACAUCGACUCUGAGUUUGAGGCCACAGUCCGGCGUGCUUUGGCACCGUUCGUGCCACCUGUGGAGAAGGAAGACAAGACCUUGGAAGACUCGUACAAGAACUUCCGAACUCGACUGGUGGCGACUUGGAUCUUUUCGAACGCCCUGCUCUCGGUUAUCAUUACUAGUGACAGCGUCGACAACUUUGGGUUUACUGUAAGUAUCAUUACCCCUUUCCACACUGGGCCCAGCUAA